AUGAUGCGACUUUUGCUCAUAACUAUCUUAGCUCUCUCACAAGCUUUCGGCGUGCUUUCUCAACACACUGAGGCAGCCUUUCAGCUCCCGACCUCUCCUUCCACUACAUGUGAGGAACAAGCUAGGCAAUCAGGCUUUCCCACAGAUGGUUGGGAAGUUCACGAUGAUGGAGGUCAAAUAAAAUGCCGUCGGGUAACUGUUCAAGAACUCGGACUCUGCUCUGGUGUCGAGUAUAUCGACGCACCGAGCAGGACACCAAAGACAAGAAGUGUUGUCGACAUGUCUGCAAAGUUAGCCAAGUGCUGCGCCAAGGAUCAUGUAUGGACAUUUGAUAAUGGAGACGGUCCUACACGCGGAGGGUGCUGCAUGGUUGGGUUACACAUGCAUAAUGGGAAGUGUAUCCCCCCGUACACUCCUCCCCCUCCACGCUGCCCGUCUGAGACAUACUUGAUCAAUGGGAAAUGUACCCCAAUCACUGCUUCCCCGCCGCGCUGCCCGUCUGGGACAUUUUUGCAGGAUGGCGUAUGCAUCCCAGUUACGGUUCCAACCUGCCCGGUUGGGACAUAUUUGGACAAUGACCAGUGUCUCCCAAUUAUUGCUUCCCCUGCUCCGCGCUGCCCGUCUGGGACAUUUUUGCAGGAUGGCAUCAUCUGCCCAAUUGGAACCCGCAUCCAAGAUGGCCAGUGUGUCCAAUUGCCUCAGACGUGUGGCAAUGGUCACAACAAUGGCGAAUCCUCAUGCGCAUGCACAAAUUAUCCCGUCUGUGGACAUGGAAGAUACCUAGGCAUCAAAUAUGGUCGUUGCUAUAUUCUUUCCUUCUCUGAUGGCCAACAACUCGGCACCGUACGAGAAAACACUAUGUAUGUCAAAGGCGGCUUCUUCGAUGAUAUCCCCUUCAAAGUAUGCAAAUCAACGAAUGAUUGCUCACGUGGAAAGGAGGUUGAGAUGGACGAGUUCUUCUACCUCCAAGAUCAGCAUGGAUUGUAUGGGGAUUUGAAGUCGACAAAAGGGUGGAUUGAUAACGCCCAUAAUGGCGACCAUCUGAGUUUCACCUUUGAUGUCAACAAGGCUGGCAAGUUCACGGGCACCCCGACUUGCGCUGGCAGUGAAUGUGGAAUUCAACUGCGCGGUGGUCCCGAUAACGGCGGAAUGGGACUUGCUUGCCCGAUGGCCACGCCCGGAGUGACAUUCUGGAGUAAUCCUAAAGUGACAUGCGACGAGUAUGAGGUCCCUCUCACCUCUGGUAUCUACUCUGCAUGA